GAUCACGUGACCAGCGUCCACCAGGGUCUUUGCUUCCCAAGAGCAAAUACCCAGGGAACGAGGUUGACAAUUACAAGGACAAAUAUCGAGUGUCCAACUACCUGCAUGCCUUACAUUUUGCGGGUAUAUUUCCCGCGUGUUAAACUCAGACGUAGGGCCUUCGCUUGGAACGUCGAAAUUCUCCUUAUAUUUUUCAGGUAGUUGCACCCCUGCCAAUUAACGAAAGCUUGUUCAAUCAUACAUCACUGUAUCAAUACAAUAUCACCUGUUGGACAGCAAUCUGCAAUCACUAUUCAAAUUUCAAAACAUUGCCAUUAUUGCACAAUUCUGUGCUGAAUGGUUAUAUGAGUAAUGACUUGUAUUACAACCUGAAAGAAACAAACAGAAACUCGACGUUUCGAGCGAAGGCCCUAGCUAAACGUCGAGUUUCUGCUUGUCCCUUUCAGAUAGUAAUAUAACCACUCGGCACAGCAUUUUCACAUUGGUACUACCCACACUGGUACAGACAGUUUUAGUAUAUUGCGCAAUUCUGUCGUUUAUCAAAUAGUUGCCUGCAUAUGAUCAAAAUUUCUUGACAGUUCCUCGUCUGACCGGUAGUUUCCUUCGACGUUUCGAGCGAAGCAACCUCCGUCGGAAAGUUAGCUAUCAGGAGGGUAGUACAGAAGCUACAAAUACUAUUAAGGCCGCGUGGCCCGCGUUUAGACUAUGUACAACGCUAGUAGACUUGCUCCAAGUCCACCUCCACUGUUUAUAGUGAGUGACCGAUUCACCGACAUUUAUAAGGACAUUUCCUCUAAAAUUCCUUUGGUUCAAGGUAAAGACGAAAGCCUGUGCAAAAGUCUAUAAAGGUCGAUCAAUGUUUCUAUGAUCACAGUAGGAAUUUUGCAUAGCCAUAGGUAACUAGUUCUAAGUUUUGAAGGACUUGUAAGUUGUAAGAAAUCUUUGAGGGAACUGAGUCAGUUUCCUCAAACAUUUCGUACAAAUCCUUCGCAACUUAGAAUUUACCUAUGCAAAAUUCCUAAUGUGAUCAUAGAAACUUUGAUAGUAUAUAAACCAUGGGCCUGCGGCAAAUUUACCGUAGCGUAUUUCAUUUGCAUCCGGAUUGCCAAGCGUAUAGUGGUCUGUUCUUGGUAUGCUACGGCAAACCACUCUGUUAUAGUGUAAACACAACACUAACAAACGAAGUGAAUAGUAUGCUAGCCAUAGUGUGAUGGUGUGAAUGCGGACCGUCGCUCGAAACGUCGAAGCACUGCUUAUAUUUUGCAGGUAGUUGUAUUUCCUUCACAUGUUCAAGGUCGGUACACACUAGGCGGCAAACCGCUGCAACACGUCGCAGCGACAAAUUUCUUCGUGUGAACAGGAUAACUUUAGUGAAAGUUUUUCAGUAGCCGCAACAGAAUUUUGCCGCCGCAACAUGUCGCACAAAUUCAAACUGGUUUGAUUUUGUGCGACCUAGGCGCGGCGACAAAAUCAGAUAAAAUAUCAUUAUUGCUCCGUGCACAGCGUGUGAACAUUUUUGUAACAUGUCAUGGCAACAAAAUACAAAUUAACCCGAUGAAACCCACUGGUGCGUCCAGUCUAGCAUUUUCUGUUGACGUUUUUGUGUUCUUCGUCAUCCGGUAGCAUCAUUAAAAGAACUAACACAUUUUCUGUAGUCUCUUGCUCGCCAUUUUUAACUAGUUUACAAUUCCCCUCAUACGAAACGCAUCGAGGGGCAAAUCACUGAUUUAAAUCACGUAUACCCUCAGAAAAAUCACAAAAAAAAUAAAAUAAAAAAUCAACAAAAAUAUUAAAAAACACGUCAUCAAAAAAAUUAAAAAGUGCUAAAAAAGCAAAGAGUGAGAGAAAACACAAAACUUUCCACAAAAUUUGAAGAAAUAAGUAUUAUUUGAAAAAAAAUUUUAAAGGAGAAUGGGGAAAAAAGAUUUUAAAAAAAUAAAAAAGUCCUUGAAAAAUAAAAAAAUCACAAAAAAAAUCACAUGAUUUUUUGAUCUCGUACACUUUUUAGGAGUGAUUUGCCCCUCGAAACGCAUCACAGCCACAGAGUAUUGCAGCGAUUUGUUUCGAGAAGUAGUGGCUGCACACGUGGCGAUUUGUCUUGUCGCCUGACUGUACACACGAUCGAGCGAUUUGUUGCAGUGACGUGUUGCAGCGAUUUGUCGCCUAGUGUGUACCGACCUUUAUAAUAAUAUACCCAGGGCUCAAAAUAACGGCCGGUCAACGGACAAUGACCGGCCAAAAAUGCCUCUUGACCGGUCACUUUUUUACCUCACAGGUCAUUUUGACCGGCCACAUUUUCAUGCCUUCCAAUGUGAUUGCUGACGUCUUGAAUUAAAACAUGAAACUAUGAUGUAUGAUACAAGUUCCUAUUAGUUUGUUUCACUGUUAGUGUAAGCGUAUCAAUGACCGGUCAAAAACAGAUUUUGACCGAGCUAAAAUCAAAUUGACCGGUCAUUUUGGACCGGAAACCUAUCUCCCGUUAUUUUGAGCCCUGACUUACCGAAUACCGGUAUAUACAAACACGAUAUCACAGCUGAAAAUACCACACCCUUGUUAUGAAUAAAUAUUCCUCUCUGAACAAAUACGUAUAAUAUGACCGUAGGGUGUAUUUUGCUUUGCUUGACCAAUUGUCAUUACUUAUUUAGUUCUACCAAAAUUUCAUAACUGAAGAUGAGAAGAUUGGCUUCAUUGAGUGCUUUGCCUCUACGAGCAGCAAGAUCAUUCUGUAUGUAAUAUGGAUGGACUUCUUUGAAAUCAAUUUUGAAAUACUUUACACUAAUUUUAUUCUUGCUGGAUAGAUCUAUCAGUUCUAAACAUUUCCCCGUAGAAUUCCAUCAUGGGCCACUCCUUACCCAUCCAAAACCUAAGCUAACCACUGGAUAGCUCUAUCAGUUCUAAACUGUUCUUCAUAGAGGUCCAUGUAAAUUCUGAUAGUGCAAAGAGCAUAUUCUGACAGUGCAAAAUUCAUUGUCCGACUAACUCGUUCCUUUUCGAUCGGCCCGAGACACACCGGACGCGAUUCGACAACGCGGCGCGAUUUUUCAAUUUUUGAAAGUUAAUAAAACAGCCAAUGAAAGGAAAUUUUAAAAGAUACAUAGGAAAUUUUUUACAAAGCAAAUCACUAUACGUCCUAUAUGAGCUACCUUGGAAUUUUAAAAUUUCUAUCAGUAAUAGAAACUUAUAUUAAAAUGUCAGAAAUUCAAAAUUUUUAGCUAUCAGCGUUAAUUUCACAGAUGCCUCCAUAUCUGAUAUCCAUACUUGUGUGAAAGUCUACACAUCCUGUCAAUAUGGUGCUUUCUUCACUAACUGCACAAUUAUGAGGGUCCAGAAGGGUGGUGUCCAAAACAGUAAACAUUAGAUUUUUUCAGUAAUUUAACAGUAACAGUAAAAAACAACAGUAAAAUUUUGCUAAAUUUGAUGACGAUAUAUAAAAGCACGUAAUUGUUCACAGAAUAUAAUGUAUACUGUUAAUUAUAUGUGGUUCACACAAAAAUAAAUGAAGUCUGAAAUUUAGUAGUUUAAGGCCCUUUUAUAGUCACGGUAUUUUUAUAGUAAUUAAUAAAACACUUAACUGCUAAGUCUUCCAUGACAGUAAACAACAAAAUUUUUAGCGUUUCCACAUUAAACACUAUAGAAUAUGAAAAUGCUCUGCUGAGUGGUUAUAUUACUACCUGAAAUAAACAAGCAGAAACUCGACGUUUCGAGCGAAGGCCCUUCGUCAAGAGUUAGUAGCCAGAUAUAGAAUAUGGAAUAUGGGCCGUCAACACUUAACAUUAAACCCCAUCUAGAUCCUCAAUUAUCGCAAUGUAUUUUGACAGGUUAUGCCCAGCCACAAGAGACACCAGAACCGCAUUCACGUGUGAAUUUAAAUCAUGAAACGUAUACCAGACCUUUUGUUAAAACAGAUAACGUACCUGGCCCCAAAUCACAGGUAAAUACUACUGAACUCUUCCACUUACUGGAUUGAUUGCCUCACAAAUACGACCUUCAUUCUUUGGAAUACCAUUCCUUAGAUGACAUUUUCCAAACCGCGGGACCGUUAUACGGACGGUUGCAUGUAGGCCCUGAAAUAUAG